UUUUUUCUUCUAUAAAAUAUGGCUUAUUCUGUUCGUUUGAGUGGCACUGUUUUGUCUUCCUUAUUAUAUGAAUGUGCCAAUUCAGAAACAGAUAUAGUAUGUUGUCCUAGAGUUGUCUAUUGCUCAUAAUUAUUCAGGAAGGCUUUCUUUUAGGUGUUCUGUCUCACAAAACAACACUGACUAACAGUGACUCAUCAGAACCCAUAGAGAAACGCCAAGAUUACAUCAUUAUUCAUGGAUACCAAAGAGUACAAGAAAAACCUUAUGAUCACCAUGGCAACCUAAUCAAACAUACGGUAGCGAAACAACAAAAAGACCUGUCUUCCUUGGUAGGUUAUUUCAAGUUUCGAAGACAGACAGACACGUCUUUAUCUGUACGUGAUCAACUCUGGAUGACUUCUUGGUCCAAUACCAUUCCUCAUGGAUGUAUGGCUAUUCUAACAGCCCAUCCAAACGCAUUGACGGACAAGUCUACACAGACAUAUGAAUUUGCAUUUUGGGAUAUGAAACACACAGACAAUAAACUGCCUCUUGAGAUCACCAACAUGAAAGAAAGUACGACCGGAUACAAGAAUUUCAUGUCCAAUGCACCUUAUCAGACAACAGCAUCCUCAAGUAACAAACGAUUGACUACCAUGUCACCUUCUCAAAUUAUUAUCCAGCAAUUCGACAACAUGUAUCAAGAAUCCUUUCAAGCAUUACAGACAUCCAUUCAAUCUGUCAUGGACAAAGAAGCCGAGAUAGAAAAACUAAAGCAGGAGAUCGAGUUGCAUAAAUCUGAAAUAAAAAAGUGACUUUUUGUGACUUGAAAAAA